AUGAUACAUAUUUCUAAAAGCUUAAGGCGUUUUAAUAUCCCUUAUACCAGGGCACUUUCAUCAACAUUGCGGAACUCAAAGACAUCUUUAACAUUCUUUACCAAGGAAACUUGCAUGUUAUGUACCAAUGCUAAACAUAUUUUACAUGAUACCUUGAAAGAUGAUACAUUGAAAGAUAAGGAAAUAUCGCUAGAAACAAUCGAUAUAAUGAAACCUGAAAAUUCAAAAUGGUUUGAUAUAUACUGCUAUGAUGUUCCUGUGUUACACGUAAAUAGACCCGACCAAGCAAAACCUGUCAAAUUCAUGCAUUACUUUUAUAACGACAAACUAUUAGACGAAUUUAGUAAAUAA